AUGCUGCGCCGCAACCCUACCCGCAUCGAGCUCAGCUCCGACGACCGCUACGAGCUCGAAGAGCACCUCCACGCCGCCGCGGGGAGCACCCCAACAGCCACAAUCAAGGAUCCGGCCGGGUACACCACUCCGUCCCCGGGCCCGGGCCCGCAGACCUCCAACCCCCUCCUCCACCUCCUCCACCCGCCGCCCGGCGCCGCGCCCUCCUAG